AUGGAAAGGGUGUUAAUUAAGUUGUCAUUUUGGGUUGUAUUAGUUUUGGUUCAAACAUCUGGAUUCAAUAGUUGUUUGGAGAAUGAGAGGAUUGGUCUGUUAGAUUUAAAGUCCUUCAUAAAAGCAGUUAGUGUUUUUCAAACGGAAGAAAUUCUUGUUUCAUGGGUUGAUGAUAAAAUGUCUAAUUGUUGUGAUUGGGAGGAAGUUCAAUGCAACGCCACUACUGGACGUGUCAUCAAACUUUCCCUUAAUCAUAGAAGGCAAUUCAGUCCAUAUGACUCUUUUGAUAGACAUCCAACUCUAAAUUUAUCCUUGUUUCAUCCUUUUGAAGAGUUGAAAAGUCUUUAUUUAUCUGAUAAUUACUUUGGAGGUUGGCAUGAGAAUAAAGUAUAUGAUGGCUUCAAGUGUUUGAAACAACUCAAGAUCUUGGAUCUUAGUUACAAUUACUUCAACGCAACUCUUUUACCACACUUGAAUAACCUAACUUCACUUACCACUUUGAAUCUUGGAUGGAAUAAAAUGGGAGAAGGUCUCAACUCGGCCAAACAAGGUUUAGCAAAUUUGACAAACUUAAAAGUAUUAAGUCUCCGUGAUAAUCAAAUCAACAACUCUCUAUCAAGCCUAGGUUUAGCAAAUUUGACAAACUUGAAAAGGUUGGAUCUAAGUUAUAAUCAAAUCAACACUUCUCUACCAAGUUUAGGUUUAAAAUAUUUGAAAAACUUGGAAGAGUUGAGUAUGAUGGAAAAUGGACUCAGCGGAGCUCUUAAUUCACUAGGUUUAGCAAAUUUGACAAACUUGAAAAGCUUGGAUCUAAGUUAUAAUCAAAUCAACACUUCUCUAGCAAGUUUAGGUUUACAAAAUCUAAAAAACUUGGAAGAGUUGAAUAUGCGAUGGAAUGGGAUGGACGGUUCUCUUACUUCGCUAGGUUUAGUAAAUUUGACCAAUUUAAAAAGAUUGGAUUUAAGUGAUAAUCAAAUCGCCAAUGCUAGAGGUUUAAAAAGUUUGGAAAACUUGGAAGAGUUGUAUAUGGGAUAUAAUGUAAUGGGCGGUGACUCUCUUACUUUAGGUUCAGCAAAUUUGACAAAUUUGAAAAUACUGGAUCUACGAAGUAAUCAAAUCAACAACUCUUUGGCAAGCCUAGGAAUAUGUGAAUUGAAGAAAUUGGCUGAAUUGGGUCUCAGUUUCAAUAGUUUCGAUGGUCACCACUUAAAAUGCCUAAGCAACUUGACUUAUCUCAAGCUUCUUGAUCUUUCAUCCAAUCAAUUAAGUGGGAAGUACUUAUCAUCUAUUAUUGCUGACCUCACAUCUCUUGAAUAUUUGUCGCUUUCCGAUAACAAUUUAGAAGGUUCCUUGACUUAUGAUAUGUUUCAACCUACAAGUGAAAAUCGGUUUCAAACAUAUCCAUUGAAGGUUCUCAACUUAUUGAAUUGCAACUUGGAUGCCAUACCUGGUUUUCUUUUAUACCACUACAAUCUACGAUAUGUUGACCUCUCUGAUAACAAAUUGGUUGGAACUUUUCCCACUCGGUUGUUACAAAAUAACACCAGAUUACAAGUUCUACGUUUAAGGAAUAACUCAUUCUCAGGAAUCCUUCAAGUGCCCAACUCUAAGUGCAAUUUACUUCAUCUAGAUAUUGCUUACAACAAUUUCACAGGUCAGUUGCCCGAGAAUAUUGGUACAAUUUUGCCUAAAUUGUUGUAUAUAGACAUGUCAAGGAAUUGUUUAAAAGGUAAUAUUCCUUUUUCAAUGGGUGAAAUGAAAAGACUUAGUGUUCUGGAUUUGUCUAGCAAUGAUUUUUCAGGAGAGUUACCUGAUCAUUUUGUUAAUGGUUGCUUCUCAUUAGUAUUACUAAGACUAUCGGAUAACAAUUUUCAUGGGCAGAUUUUUCCUAGACAAAUGAACCUAACUCAAUUGCAAUGGUUAUACUUGGAUAACAACAGCUUUAGUGGGAAGAUUGGAGAUGGGCUCUUGAAUGCAACUUCUUUAUUUUUCUUAAAUAUCUCCAACAACAAGGUAUCUGGUAAAAUUCCUUCUUGGAUUGGCAAAUUUUCAUAUCUUGCUUUUCUUUUAAUGUCAAAGAAUCUUUUAGAAGGUACUAUUCCCAUUCAACUAAACAAUCUCAAAAGCCUUGAAAUGCUAGAUGUCUCUGAAAAUAGGUUGUUUGGAUCCAUAGCAAGUGAUUUUAAUCUUUCAUCGGUGAGCUAUCUUUACAUGCAAAAGAAUGCUCUGAGUGGAUCAAUUCCAAAUUCAUUGUUCGAAAGCUCUAACUUGAUUACACUUGAUUUGGGAGAGAACAAAUUUUCUGGAAAUAUCGAUCCGCGUUGGUUUAAUGAUCAUUCAACUCUAAAGUUUCUUCUUUUGUCAGGCAAUCACCUACAAGGCCAUAUUCCUAACCAAUUGUGUCAACUAAGAAACCUAAGUCUCUUAGAUCUUUCACACAACAGACUCAAUGGAUCAAUACCUUCAUGCUUUUCUAAUUUGACACUCUGGAGUAUGACAGGAGAGAUUGAUUCAAAAGGUUUCAGUACAUGGUUUUCUUGGUCUAUUGGUUGUGAUGCACUAGGUGUUUACCACUAUGAUUCAUCUAUUUCAUUUGUUACGGAGGAAGAAUCUAGUAGAUCGACAAAUCCAGAAGUAAUCUUGGAAGUAGAAUUUACCAUGAAAAAUAGAUUUGAGUCUUACCAGGGUUAUCCUCUUGAAAAGGUUGCUGGAUUGGAUUUGUCAAACAAUGAAUUAACUGGUGAAAUCCCGUCAAAAAUUGGAGACCUCCAAGGAAUAUUAGCAUUGAAUUUGUCUUACAAUUUGUUAUCAGGACCUAUUCCAAAGAGCUUUUCCAAUCUGAAAGAGAUAGAGAGCCUAGACCUUUCCCACAAUAAUUUAAGUGGCCAAAUACCUCCACAGUUAACUCAAUUAAAUUAUUUGGAGGUCUUCAAUGUGGCACACAACAACUUAUCUGGAUCCAUUCCUAAUCAAGCUCAGUUCGCAACUUUUCAUGAAAGCGAUUAUGAAGGUAAUCCUUAUCUUUGUGGUCAAUUAAUUAAGAAAAGUUGCACUAAUGCGCCAAUACCACCACCUCUAGCAUCCAUUGAAGAAGAAGAUGAUAACGAAUCUGUUAUUGACAUGGUAGCAUUCCGCUGGAGUUUUGUUGGAUCAUAUACCACAACUAUAAUGGCCUUAAUAAUGAUCCUUUGGAUCAACCCACAUUGGCGUAGGUUAUGGUUGUAUUUCAUUGAUAUAUGUAUUGAUUUUUGUUUUUAG